AUGGUCGGGAUAGGACGAUCAUUUGGGUCAUCUGCUGCUGGAGGUAUAGGGUCUGCUUGGAGGAAGAAUGAAGACAAAGGAACGUCAGGUGGUGCAGGUGAGGUGGGAGGUGAGGGAACGUCGGGAGGUGCAGGUAAGGCGGGAGGUGAGGGAACGUUGGGAGGUGCAAGUGAGGCGGCAGGAGAGGGAACGUCAGGAGGUGUAGGUGAGGCAAAAGGAGAGAGAACGUCAGAAGGUGCAGUUGAGGUGGGAAGUGCAGAUGACAUUGGUUAUUGGUAUGAUGUACUAGAGCUUCCUAAGGAGUCCGACGACGACGAAGAUGGGAAUGGUUCCCAGGAAUGCCUGUCAAUACUUGGGAAUGGUUUCUGGGAAUGCUUGGGAAUGGUUUCUGGGAAUGCUUGGGAAUGGUUUCUAGGAAUGCUUGAGAAUGCUUCGAAAUGUUUCGGAUUAAACCUUACAGUUUAUAUAGUUUGUAAAGGAGAAAAUGUGAAAUAA